GUCACUUCAGAAUUUUCUUCCUUGUGUGAUAGAUAGAAGUUUUCUUUCUUUGGUAUAAAAAAUAUUAGUUUCAAAUAUUUUCCUUGGUCGUUUAGGUAGGGCUCCGUCGUAAAAGUGGCGUGUGUUCUGUUAACUUCCAGUCUGAACGUUUGACGUCUUCCAUAAUAAGUUUAUACUUGCUCCGAUGGUAUUUUGGGUCAUUUAAACGUUUCUGGACAUAAUAAACGAGUAAUCAUGGUGGAAGCAAGUAAGCUGUUGUUCGACAAGGGAUGUAGAGACUCUGAAUGCUAUGAGCUCAUUCAUCCUUGGACCAGGAACUGUUCAGAUGCCACAAGCACCAUGCUACUUAGCUGCAUAAAAGGCAGCUAUAAGUUCUAUGCCAUGGUCUAUCUUAUUCAAAUCUUAAUGAAAGGCAAGAAACUAGGGAAGAAAGAGUUAAUGGAACAAUUCAAACUCUAUCUGAAAUCAGGUAUCUUUGGAUUGACUGUUGGCAGCUCUUUCGUCACAUUAAACUGUAUAUUUAGAAAACUGUUCUUCAGCAAGUUCACAUAUCACAAAACUGUGCUACUCCCAUGCACCAUCAGCGGCUUAGCAAUAUACUGCGAGCCGCCAUAUAGGAGAGUGUUAGUCGUCAAUCUAUUUGUUAACUUGGUGUUCGAAUACUGGGUCCGUACUCUGGAGAUGAAGGGAUGGCUGCGGCGGUCCCCCGGCCGAGAGACUCUCCUCUUCAUGUUGGGUAGCGCUGUCUUCUUCUAUCUUAUGAGGAGAGAGAAAGAGAGCGAACGACAGACGCCUAUAUUCUGGUUUUUCUCUCCGCCCAGAGUCUCGAAGGAAGUCGGCGAACCAGUCAAAGGGUAUGAAGGCAGAAGUGCGGCGUGUCCGCAUAAAGGACCCUGCUUGAACUAUGUUCUAAAGGGUACAGCGCAACUGUUCGGGGUAGGCUGCGCAAUGACGAUGCUUCGAACGAUAAUUCCUAGAAUACUGACGCCGACGAAAGCGCUGAAAUCGCUUAAAUUCUCGCAUCUGAAACUCGGACUGUUCUUUGGAGGCUACAUCGGGCUUUACAGACUGAUAAUCUGCAUGUUAUGUCGUGCGAACGGGCGAGAUAGUGCGCUGUACGCGCUGCCCGCGGGCUUCUGCGCCGGCGCAGCGUUCCGGGCGUCGCCGUCGUUACCCAUCGCGUUGGCGCCGGUCACUUCCACGUUACAAAUCCUCGGCUCAUGGGCGUAUCAAAAGAAGAUGAUCCCGGAACACUGGCCGGUGGUGGAGCUUCUGUACUGUGUGUGCCAGGGGCUGCUGUUCCACGCCCGGGUCAUGCACGAGGACGUCUGUCCGCGGUACAUCAUCAACCUGAUGCACACCGUAACCAGCUCCAAGGCUGACGAAAUCCAAGGUGCCUUUAUACAGAAAGUUUUGAGGUUCAUGUGAGGUAACAUGUUAGUGCAAUUGGUUCGUACCAUAUUUAUUGACUAAUAUAAUUAUUGUUUUAAAUAUACUAUAUGACAACUUAGUCAAAUGAGAUAGUUUUACGCAGGUAUCAUAGACCUUGUAUAAACAAAUAGACAAUCAAUCUCUGUAAAAAAAAGGUGUUAGCAUCUUGUCACAAGCCACGGCGUGUAACGAUACUGUACACCCGAUAUUGCACUUCAUUUACAGCCAUAACAUCUUACAUUGAGGGAACGAACUUAUACUGGUGCUAAUUCCUGUAAACACCAUCUAAUUUUAUUUGAAGCCAUAUCUGUCAUUUUCUUAUCCGCCGAAAAGGAAAGGGACGGGUAAUCGACAAACAUAAAAUUAAUGGAACACACGUCAAUUUUAAGCACAAAUCUAAAACAACCGUCUAAAAAUUUUACACUGGCCAAUAACCCGACAGAAUUAAGUUGACAACACACGUCAAACGGUUUGCAUACCAGCGAGAUACCUUUUUGAUUUGCCCGGGUUCUUCAUUCAUUUACUCAUUCUUCCUAAAAUUAUGAGCUGUCAGUCAUCCAUCCCUUUCUUUUUCGGUGGAUAAGAAAAUGAAAGGUAUAACUUAAAGUAAAAUUAGGAGGUGUCUGCAGGAAUCGGGGCCACUAACUAGAUAACUUACCGUCUUAUAAAUAAAAAUAAACCAGAGAUCUUCUAUCUUCUAGAUAGAAGACAACCAGGAACCAGGUAUGAACGUUGGUUCAAGUAUUUGACAGCCAAGCAAAGUUCAAUUUCAAUUUAGCUUGGCUGUCAAAUGCCGUUUAUCAUUUACGUUUAUCCCUGGUUUAUUUUUUAUUUGUAAGACGGUAAGUUAUGUAGUUAGUGGCCCCGAUUCCUGCAGACACCUCCUAAUUUUACUUAAGUUUUUUAUGGAAAUACACGUAUGACGUCAUCAAUAAAGGCGAUCAAACGUACUAAUUGUUGUUUAAAAUUCGUGUAUCAAAAAGAAAAAUGAGAUCCGAAUUUUUAUCGUCUUAGGUGAUUCUCACACUGCCCCGCAUGAUUUUUUAUUUAUUUUAUUAGGCACAUCAACAGUACAAACACAGAACAACUAAUAUAACUUUCUUAAGGCUAGUACUAGUGUUUGCACCAAUUACAGACGUGCACAACUUAUGUAAUUAACAUGUAUGUAGAAUUUGUUUUCAAAAAAAAUGUAAAAAAGAACGGAAUAACAAAAGGUAUGAAAAGUUACAGCCAGGCAACACUACAACAAAAAAAAAGAAUAGGUACAAGAAAAAAAACUACUAUUUUUUUUUCUAUUAAACCAGUUAAACUAAAACUAUGAUGCAGCGUAGCGCGUGGAUGCGUGUUCUUCCGUUGCUUGUAAGUAGUGAUGUUCCGAAUAUCCGUAUCCGUAUCCGUAUCCGCGGAUAUCCGAGAUAAAAGAAAAAUCCGUAUCCGUGUCCGAUACUUUUCACGCGGAUCUUUUACGGAUAUUUUUCAGGUGAUUAAGUAGAAUUAUUAAUUAAAAAACUGUAAAAUUACAUUCAGAUUGUUUUACCAUAACCAAAACAAAAGUACUACCCGCGCAAUGCAAGUUAAAACGUGUCCUGCCUGACGUUGCGGCGAGCGAAGACGUCAACUAUCGUUUCAAGGUCGCGGGGGCCGUCACCAAUCGAAUAAUAUCGAAUGAGAAAAUAAAGAUCCGUAUCCGUAUCCGCGGAUCUUUACACUAAAUAUCCGUAUUCAGAUCCGUAUCCGCGGAUAUACAUUUUUAACGAUCCGGCACAUCACUACUUGUAAGUACCUACAUAUCUCCGUUUGUAUAGAAAACACGCACGGCCAUACGCGCGUUUAUGCGGUUGCAUUUUCUGUGUGUAAGACUGUGCGUGUUUUCUAUACAAACGGAAAUACUUACAUCAUGCGGGGCUGUGUGAGAAUCGCGUUUGAUUGGCUUCUAUUUCUAGAUUAGCUUUUUAUAACUUAUCUUUGUCGCAUACAUCGAGCCUGUUGAUUCGUUCGUACCAUAUUUAUUGACUAAUAUUAUUAUAUUACCGUUUAAUUAUAAUUUAGGUGCAAGUCUGUGAUUAUUAAGUUAAACGUUUUUAUGGUACAGGGUUUAUUUGACAUUUCAGGUUUUUUUAAUCUAUACUAUUGAGUGCUUUGGGUACAAAGGUCUUUUUUAUAGUUGAAUAGAAGUACAUUAGUCGUACGUUACGGAAUAGACCUUAGUUAUAUUAGAAUUUAGACAGUAAAUAAUGAUUUAUAUACUUCAUACUGCGCUACUGGCUGCGACGUUCAUUUAUAUUAUAAAGAAUGAAAGUUUUUAUCAAAACCCAUUUUACCAUUAAAAAAUAAACACGCAGUGACCGUGUGUAUAAUUAGUGUUUGACAGCCAAGAAAAGUAACACCAUUUUUACCCAACUGCGCCAUAACUACGACAGGGUUAUGUUUCAUUCACUCUUAAAACUUUUAAGGAUCAAUGUGCCAAAGUGCAAUCCGGGAAAUGGUUAUUAAAAUAGUUUUUUUUUAAAUUAUGAAUCAAUGAGGGACUUUCCAGGCUACGUUCCCCAAAAACAAUUUUUUUUUUGGGGAGUUUUCAGCCUAAUUUACAAAAUGUUUUGACUUAUAAUACUUAAAUGCCAAUCAACAAGCUACGACAAAUGAAAAGAAAAAAUAUUUAAAAACAUAAUAAGUCAAAGCCAGUCUUAGUGCUAACAUAUCAAGUCUGGUUCUUUAUGCAGUAUCGAUUUGAUAGUUUGUGUACUACUUAUAAAACAAGUGAAAGCGGUCAACCGCAUUAUGCCUGUUGAUCAUCUUUGCCGUUCUCGGCAGAAAGCUGUUAUUCCGGUAGAUAGUGCGAUUAAAAGGGACGUGUAGCAAGUUAUUCCUACGUAGUAUUUUUCCGGGUGGUAACAGAUUAGAUGGCGCUGUUCAGAUUUAACAUAAUUAUACAAAAAUGUAAUGGAAGAGGUAUUUAAAAAGCCUGGAAAAUCCCUCAUUUAUUAAUGUACUACGUCACAAAUUCACAAUGCAAGGAGGUUCUAUCGUUUUGAUUCGUGAUGUAUUAUUAAUAAAUACCACCUUUAGUUGAAUCAGAACAAAAAAUAUUGUAUUGUUCUUGAGCUAUUUAAUAUAAUAUCGGUUCCUAAAGGUGUCAUUACAGUUUAAAUUUGCCAUAAUGUUGGUAUUCUAAGGAUCAGGUCCAAUUGUGCGCACUGUAAAACAACACAUAUUUAGUGACGUUACGUAUGACGUGAAUAGUCUCUUCAGCUACUGCCAAUCACUACAAAGAUUUAUAAUGAAAGCACUCUGCGCUGCGCACGAUGUGAAUCUUGAUCCUAAAGGUGCGCGCCCACUAGAGUCAGAAUCGGACCGGAAUGAGCGUCUGAUUUGUGCCUUUGUUUUGUUUGGUACGAAGUUGUAUGGUCCGAUUCUAUUCAAGUGGACGCACAACAAAGGAAAUACUUACAAUUAUAGUCAGUACAAAAUAUGUAUUCAUUAAAGUGAAAUGAGAGGCGACUGAGACGGAACGCCUGAAAUGUUUUAUUUAAUAUACAGUGCGUUUAUUUUACUAAUUAAUACAAACGAAUGCUAAUUUCCAUUUUCAUCAAUAGGCUAGUUUCCAACUACUCAAAUCAGUUACUUUUUACUAAACGUCAAAACACGAAAUAACUAUGGAAUUUGUAUGAAAUAAAAGCGUUAUUAAAAUAAAAUUCAUAAAUAUAUAAUAGAUCUAAUAGAUCUGUCUUUAUUUAGUAAUCAGAAUUUCGUAAUUCAUCUUUGACCUAGGAAACUACCCAAUUAUUAUUAUUACAUUUAUCGUAUAUCAAAAUUUGAAUUCAGAACUAGGUACCUUGUUUUUUUUUUCUUAAGUUUUGGAAUCUCACGGCUUGCGCGUUUGCCAUAGACAAAGAUAGGGAAACGAAUAGGCAAAAGGAAAAUUCAAAGAAUACUUUGUUGUUUUGUUUUAGCAUUCAUUUGUAUUCGGAAUUGACAUGAUUUGAAAAUAGAGGCGCUGUAAAUUAGAGAACAAAUAUGUAUAAAUAUUGGUGUCGGUCGAUUUUGGUGUACAAAACUUGAUUUUAGUUUUAUAAACCGAUAUAGGGAUGCUUUUAUAAUAACUGUCAAAAAUGACCUUUUCAUAGCAUGCGGCGUUAGUUCGGAUACUAGUGCUAUCUCUUACUCACAUGAAGCUAUCAAACAAAAUAUACUUUUGUUUGCACGAAUCGACAUUAUAGAGUGCUUUUAUUUUCUUCAUGUUCCUCGGCAAUCAUCGCAUGUUCAACCAAAACAACAAUAAAGUACUUAGUUCGAAAUUCAAAUUCUUAUAGACGAUAAAUACAAUAAUUGAUGAACAUGGAAAUUUACGAUGAUUGCCGAAAGGCAUUAAGAAAAUAGAAACUGUAUUCGUAUACAGAAUGGACCAACGGUUCGCAGUAUUGGCUAUCAAUACUGCUUUCUGUGGAAAUAUGACCCAUUUUGUACCUUUUUAAGAUCCAAUUUUUGAUUUUUAAUGCGAACCUUUGGGCCACUGUAUAAAUGAUAAUGGCAGGUAACGUUAAUUUAGGUCAAAACCAGUCUUAUAUAAAGUUGUACAAAUACUUGAAAUGAUGUUACAAUUAGAUAGUAAACUGAAAGCAAUAAAUGUAUAAUUUAGUCCUAUUUCUUGGCUUCCUGAAUAUUGACUAUGACUAUUUUUGUUUGAAUUGUAUGCAGUGGCGGCCCUAGGGCGGUGCGAGGUGUCGAAAGGGGGGGGGGGGGGGGUCUAAAAUCGACCAAGACUGGUCCACCCUGGCAAAAAAAAAUAAUUAAAUAGGUAAAUUUCGAUGGCCGUAAACACCGGGUGAGAGCCUUCAGCGCUUUCCAUUUGUCCGGCCAAGUAGUUAAUGGCAUCUGCGGCAAAUCUACAAUAAGUCACGUUGAAAAAAAAAGGUGGCCGUAAACUAAUCGAAAAGUUUCGUAUUUUAAGGGGGCUGAGGGGUGCCACUUUGAGGUGUCUCGCACCACCUAAAUAUUUUGCUAGGGCCGCCACUGAUUGUAUGAAGUUUAGUUAAUAUGCGGAUACUCACAUGUAUUGACGAUACAUCUCAUUUGUAUUUUCUUCGUGGGCACGGAAUAACUAAUUACUCAAAAAAAAAUCACAUUUUUACCGUGUCGCGUGACGUCAUCAAUAAACGUAUUUUGAAAGUGUGGUUUUUUCACUGCUGAGCACGUGGUAAUCAUUAGGGUAGUUUCCAACUAGUCAAAUCAGUUACACGUCAAAACACGAAAUGACUAUGGAAUUUUAAUGGAAAAGCAACCUGAGACGUCAUAGAAAAAUGUGCACUUAUUACAUUUUACUGUAUUAAAAUUAAUUAUUAAGUUAAAUAGAAAAAUGGAAACAAUUUCAUAAUUUAUCUUUGACUUAGGAAACGGCCCGUGCUGCGAUUCUGUGUCCUUACAGUGAGGGUCAUUCGAUUAUAUUAUUAAUCGAACAUGUGAGUACCGGUUCACUUCAAAACAAAAUACUCUUGCAUUUACUUCAAUCUAUUAGUAUUAUAUUAGGAAAGCACACUUCUUAGCUUGUACCACCAAAUACAUAUGAUUUAUAAUUAUAUCGCUCGGUAUAUUGUUAUAUUUUUGUAAUAAAUGGUUUAUAUUAUA